GUCGCUGCAUCGGAGGCAGGGUUUUUGACCUGCUGAACAGGGAAGUGAAGAGCAGACGCGCUUUAAAUUCGAAAAACACUUGCUUGUGUUUCCGUUCUAAACUAAACAACUCAUACAAGCUUCAGUUUGAUGCAUCCGGUUACCGCUGCUCCACUUCCGCCUUUAAACAGAGCGUCUGGUGACUAAGUCUGAAGCUGCUGCGCACAUGACAAACACACUAACGAUGGAGGAAAGGUUCCUGACCGUGGUGUUUCUGCUCAGCUGCCCGACUCUGGCAGCAGCCCGGCGGCCUCACAUCGUGUUCAUCAUGGCCGAUGACUUCGGCUGGAACGACGUCGGGUAUCACAGCUCGGAGGUUCUGACGCCAAACCUGGACCGCUUGUCGGCGGGAGGAGUCCGCCUGGAGAACUACUACGUGCAGCCUCUGUGCAGCCCGUCCCGGAACCAGCUCAUGACCGGGAGGUACCAGAUCCACACCGGCAUGCAGCACCAGAUCAUCUGGCCCUGUCAGCCGUACUGUGUGCCUCUGGACGAGGAGCUGCUGCCCGAGCUGCUGAAGAAGGAGGGCUACGCCACGCACAUGGUCGGCAAGUGGCACCUGGGCAUGUACAAGAAGGGAUGCCUGCCCACCCGCCGCGGCUUUGACUCCUACUUGGGCUACCUGACCGGCAGCGAGGACUACUUCACACAUGAGCGCUGUUAUCGCAUCGCUGCUCUGAACGUCACCCGCUGUGCCUUGGACCUGAGGGACGGAGAAGAAGUCGCCACCGGAUACAAAGGAGUUUAUUCGACUGAGCUAUUCAGCCAGAGGGCCAUCAGCACCAUUGAGAAACACAACUCCACCGAGGUGACACACACAUGCAGAUCAGGUUUUUUGUGUCAAUUAAAGUUAGCCACACCCACAGAGACUAGACUUCACAUGUUGUCCUCUAUCUUUCAGCCGCUCUUCCUCUAUGUGGCGCUGCAGGCAGUCCACGCUCCCUUGCAGGUGCCAGAGCGCUACCUGGCCCCUUACAGUUUUAUCAAAGACCGCCAGCGCCAGCUCUACGCCGGCAUGGUGUCUGCCAUGGACGAGGCAGUGGGCAACAUCACUGCGGCUCUGCAGAAGGCAGGACUUUGGGACGACACGGUGCUUGUGUUCUCGACAGAUAAUGGAGGUCAGACUAUGUCCGGUGGCAGCAAUUGGCCACUGCGAGGCAGGAAGUGGUCACUGUGGGAAGGUGGCGUCCGAGGAGUCGCAUUUGUCGCCAGUCCGCUGCUGAACCACCCCGGAACCGUCAGCCACGAACUGAUCCACAUCUCCGAUUGGCUGCCUACAUUUGUAGGCCUAGCAGGAGCGAUCCCCAAAACCCCAAAGCCUCUUGAUGGAUUCAACGUGUGGCAGGCAAUCAGCAAUGGGUUGGCCUCACCCAGACUGGAGCUGCUGCACAACAUCGACCCUCUCUUUAUUGAUAUUGCUCCAUGUCCUACCAGCGAGCAUCGGUUACCUUUGGCCGAGGUGGCCGCCGGAGCAGACUUGUGGGCCAAGUCCGGCUUCAAUGUGUCCAUUCACGCCGCCAUUCGAUCCUCAGGCUGGAAGCUGCUGACGGGCUACCCAGGUUGUAGCGUGUGGUUCCCGCGGCCCGGCCACAACAGCUCAGAGGCGAGCCCCUCCAGCCGGGAUCCACUGAAGCCCGUCAUGCUGUUCAACAUAGACAAGGAUCCAGAGGAGAGGGUCGAGGUGUCUGCUGACUUCCCCGCGGUGGUGGAUUAUCUCCUCUCUAGGCUCCGCCAACACCAGAAGAGUGCCUUGCCGAUAAACUUCCCAGACGAUGACCCCAAAUGUGACCCAGGCCCUGACAGAGCCUGGGGACCCUGGGUUUAGGUGGAGAUGAUGAACAUUGUGAAGGACUUACGUCUUUGUUUUUCUUCUGUGGAGAAAGACAUAGUUUUUAGAGUAUGAUGAUUGAUUAUUUGCAAUGAAGACCAAUCCAAAUUUUAUGCUGCAGAUUUUUAAAGGAGAAAGUAAGUUAUUCCUGUGCUUUGCAGAAUCUCAAUGUGACAUGUCAUCCAUCAAUUAAUUGACUGAUAGAGGCUGUCAGAGGUCAAAUUAAAGCGAUUGCGUAAACUGUGUUAGAGACACAUGUUGCUGAUUUGUAAAGAGCCUCCCCCUGCUGUUUCAGGUAUUUGCACUUGGUUUAUCUACUGUUGAGAAGCUGCAGGCUCCUUGUUUUUGUCAAACACAAAGCCCCACAGGAAUAGCAGGCAGUAUUUAACCUGAGAGAAACAUGUCACCAUCCAAACUGUGGGGCCUCUCCAGGGUAUUUUUCUAAGCUUUUUCUUUUAUGAUAGAAUGGAGAGUAGAUUUUGACUACAUUUUGAAAUUUAAAGCUACACUAAACCAGAGUUUUUGUCCUGAAAAUCGAUGAAGUGACUCACAGUGAUGAACCCACAGAGAGAUGACACUUCAUCUUGAACGAUCCCUCUGCUCUACAACACUCAACAACUGACUUUAAUAUUGGCCCACUCAUCAGCAUACUUUUGGACUACGCAGAAGGAAGCUGUAUCAGCAGAAAAGCUCUGAUGGGUCCACUGAACUCUCCUCAGCACCAGGAAGCAAAAAGACAAAAGCUGCUUUCAGACUCUUGCUGAACACCCAAUGGUGGGGUGAGACCAGCAGGCGAACUUCGGCAGGAUUCACCACGAGCGAGUGGGCGUGUUGAUAUUUCUAAAGCGAAAAGGAAAAGUGCGAUGUUAACUCAGCAACAUUAAUAUGAAUUCAGCAGGUUUUUAUAGAGAUCAGUUAAAAGUGUUUGUGAGGACCAGAGUCACUUGUUGAUCGAUGCUGAGUGAUUAACAGUCAAGGUUGAAGUUUGAAAUAAUCUUUAUUGAUUUGAAUUCGUAUGCCUGCUGCACCAACCCUCACCUGAACGGUCUGGAGAUUUGUUGUGAACUGAUCUGGCCGGAGAAUCAAAAGACACACUCCUGAGAAAGUCUGGACCCAAUUCUGUGAACAUCCUCUGGAGUUCAUGUCUGAAAAAGUUUGACACGUUGGUAACUAACUGCUAACAAGUAAGGCCUUUUUCCCCAGGAGUUGAUGGAGGCUUGUAACUGCAUUUGUUACCUCCACAUAUCGUUCCCCAUUCAAACCACAGGCGGAAAUGUAACUUUUACACUUGUUUUACAACAGUAAGUUGUAUCUUUAAAAGAUAUCUUCAUGAUCACAUAGAUGUCUGCUCUCUGCCCAAACUGCUAAAAUAUUACUGCAAACUGUCAUUAAGCUCUUGUUCUUUACUGGGAAAAAUGCAACCUAAUUUUGCUGUGGAUCUCCAACCGAUUUAAUUAUUUGUAGGUAUUUUGGGUGCCCCUGGUUCAAUAUGUAAAAUUGAAUGUCUCUCAGUUGGAGCACUUCUUCAGCUUUGAGCGGCAUCCAACUCUCCCGGUUCAAACAAUUAAAAGCUAUUUUCAGAAAUAUCCACUAAUUUUAUUUUAAAUAUUGGUUUGUAUCAUACAUUUUUUUUAAAUAAAAAUGUUAAACUCUUGUGAAA